GACACCGAGCGGGUGGAGUCGGGAGCCCGAGAGCGGUGGAGGCGGAUUUCCUGGGCCCGGCUCGGUGGGGCUACUAUGGCGUUUGGGAAGAGCCACCGGGAUCCCUAUGCGACCUCCGUGGGCCACCUUAUAGAAAAGGCUACAUUUGCCGGAGUUCAGACUGAAGAUUGGGGCCAGUUUAUGCACAUCUGUGACAUAAUUAACACUACCCACGAUGGGCCAAAAGAUGCGGUAAAAGCUUUGAAGAAAAGGAUUUCCAAAAACUAUAAUCAUAAAGAAAUCCAACUUACCUUGUCACUUAUUGACAUGUGCAUGCAGAACUGUGGUCCAAGUUUCCAGUCUCUGAUUGUGAAGAAGGAAUUCGUUAAAGAUAGUCUGGUUAAGCUGCUGAACCCCAGAUACACCUUACCCAUAGACAUUCAGAAUAGAAUCUUGAAUUUCAUUAAGAGUUGGUCACAAGGUUUCCCAGGAGGUGUGGAUGUAAGUGAAGUGAAAGACGUGUACCUUGACCUUCUCAAGAAAGGUGUUCAGUUUCCUCCCUCAGAUGCAGAGGCUGUAACAGCAAGACAAGAGACCACUCAGAUCUCCUCGAACCCACCACCGUCUGUUCCAUCCGCACCAGCUCUUCCUUCUGAGAUUGUUCCCAAGAGCGCUACUAUUACCUUGGUCCCAGAACAGAUUGGAAAGUUGCACAGUGAAUUGGAUAUGGUGAAAAUGAAUGUGAGAGUGAUGUCCGCCAUACUGAUGGAGAACAUUCCUGGGUCUGAAGACCAUGAAGACAUAGAGCUUCUGAAGAAGCUUUAUAAGACGUGUCGGGAGAUGCAGGAGAGGAUCAUGGACCUGCUUGUGGUGGUGGAGAAUGAAGAUGUAACGAUUGAGCUAAUUCAAGUGAAUGAGGAUUUGAAUAAUGCCAUCCUUGGAUAUGAGAGAUUUACUCGGAACCAACAGAGGGUUUUGGAGCAAACCAGGAACGGGAGGGAAGAGGCCAAUACUAUCAGUGGGCCUUCUGCCCCAUCCUGUGAUCUCAUCGACCCAAGGCUAAGCCCUCCAAUGCCGAGGGCCACUCUGGGAGAACUCAGCACCGUGAAUGCUCAGCUUUCAGACUUAAAUUUCAGGUCCCCAAGUCCUGUUGUAACGAACAACUUGAAACCCAGUCCGCAGGUGGAUUUGCUAGCCUUUGAAGAUACAGAAACACCUCUGUUUGCUCAAAGGACCGGCCAAAACAUCAUCGCAAAUCAUACCUAUGAGAGUUUUCCAGAAUAUUCAAAUUCAGUACUACAGCCAGUUAAUGUGCAGAAUGUUCCAGCAACACUGUCAAGCCAGAGACCGCCAUCCUUGCCCGCCCGUCAUCCAGAGCUCUUUAUGAAGAAAUUGGCGUUCGUCACCAGAAAGGAGCUCAAAGUGAAAGUGACUGUUGAGGUUGUGACUCUCCUUAUCCAGGAGUGGAGAAACAGAAGGAAAGGCUGGAGGCCGCUGUCUUCUUACACUGGGUGGAAGUGGGUGACUAGCUCAUUACCUGCAUUUAGAGGUGCCACCUCUCUACAAGGUAGACCCUAUGCAGCUUGGAGGCCCAGAAGACCAGACCUACAGCACAUCAGAAACAUGGUGGAACAUUACUCCUCUGCAGUAACAGAAGAGCAACUUUUAUACUUCCUGACCACAGCUUAAGCUUUAUUUUGAAACAACUUGGUUAUAACCUAUAUUCACCUUAAACUUCAUCAGAAGAAAAAAAAUCAUUGUACCGAUGCCAACGGGUUUAAUUAUAACAUCCUGGGCUUCACAGGCCUUCCUACAUUUAGAAAAGAAAUCCUCACACUGCUGUGGUAAGAGUAGAUAAAGAUUAUUUU